CCUCUAAGAGCCAGCGCACCGCCUCAAUACCCUCAUUCAGGGUCACCAGCUGCUGCAGGAUCUGCACAUCGAUGGCACGCAGAUUCCUGAAGCCAUGGGCCGGCCGGGACAACGGUGACCCCCGCAAUCCAGCAUGGACGACUGGAAGACCAGCCCCCUCAUCAAGCCCUUUGGGGCUCGGAAGAAGCGGAGCUGGUAUCUUACCUGGAAGUAUAAACUGACCAACCAGCGGGCCCUGCGGAGGUUCUGUCAGACAGGAGCGGUGCUGUUCCUGCUGGUGACUGUGAUCGUCAACAUCAAGUUGAUCCUGGACACUCGUCGAGCAAUUAGCGAGGCCAACGAAGACUCAGAGCCGGAGCAAGACUAUGAUGACCCCCUUGGCCGCCUGGAACCACCACACCGCAGAGGCAGGGGCCCCCAGCGGGUCCUGGAUGUGGAGGUGUACUCGAGCCGCAGCAAGGUGUAUGUGGCAGUGGAUGGUACCACGGUGCUGGAGGACGAAGCCCGGGAGCAGGGCCGGGGCAUCCAUGUCAUUGUCCUCAACCAGGCCACGGGCCAUGUGAUGGCAAAGCGUGUGUUUGACACGUACUCUCCUCAUGAGGACGAAGCCAUGGUGCUCUUCCUCAACAUGGUGGCCCCCGGUCGAGUGCUCAUCUGCACCAUCAAGGAUGAGGGCUCCUUUCACCUCAAGGACACGGCCAAGGCUCUGCUAAGGAGUCUGGGCAGCCAAGCUGGCCCUGCCCUGGGCUGGAGGGACACCUGGGCCUUCGUGGGACGAAAAGGAGGUCCGGUCCUGGGGGAGAAGCAUUCUAAGUCGCCUGCCCUGUCCUCCUGGGGGGACCCAGUCCUGCUGAAGACAGACGUGCCACUAAGUUCAGCUGAAGAGGCAGAGUGCCACUGGGCAGACACAGAGCUGAACCGUCGCCGCCGGCGCUUCUGCAGCAAAGUUGAGGGCUAUGGGAGUGUGUGCAGCUGCAAAGACCCCACGCCCAUCGAAUUCAGCCCUGACCCCCUCCCCGACAACAAGGUCCUCAACGUACCUGUAGCUGUGAUUGCAGGGAACCGGCCCAACUACCUGUAUAGGAUGCUGCGUUCUCUGCUCUCGGCCCAGGGAGUAUCUCCCCAGAUGAUCACAGUUUUCAUCGACGGUUACUAUGAGGAACCGAUGGACGUGGUGGCAUUAUUUGGCCUGAGGGGCAUCCAGCACACUCCCAUCAGCAUCAAGAAUGCCCGUGUGUCUCAGCACUACAAGGCCAGCCUCACUGCCACUUUCAACCUGUUUCCCGAGGCCAGGUUUGCUGUGGUUCUGGAAGAAGACCUGGACAUUGCUGUGGAUUUCUUCAGCUUCCUGAGCCAGUCCAUCCACCUGCUGGAGGAGGAUGACAGCCUAUACUGCAUCUCAGCUUGGAAUGACCAGGGCUAUGAACACACGGCUGAAGACCCGGCCCUCCUAUACCGCGUGGAGACCAUGCCUGGACUAGGCUGGGUGCUCAGGAGGUCCCUGUACAAGGAGGAGCUUGAGCCCAAGUGGCCCACACCAGAAAAGCUCUGGGACUGGGACAUGUGGAUGCGGAUGCCUGAGCAGCGCCGCGGCCGGGAGUGCAUCAUCCCCGACGUGUCCCGCUCCUACCACUUUGGCAUUGUUGGCCUCAACAUGAACGGCUACUUCCAUGAAGCCUACUUCAAGAAGCACAAGUUCAACACGGUUCCAGGUGUCCAGCUUCGGAAUGUGGACAGUCUGAAGAAGGAAGCUUAUGAAGUGGAAAUUCACAGGCUGCUCAGUGAGGCCGAGACCCUGGACCACAGCAAGAACCCCUGUGAAGACUCUUUCCUGCCAGACACGGAGGGCCGCACCUAUGUGGCCUUUAUCCAAAUGGAGAAAGAGGAUGACUUUACCACCUGGACCCAGCUUGCCAAGUGCCUCCAUAUCUGGGACCUGGAUGUGCGUGGCAACCACCGGGGCCUAUGGAGGUUGUUUCGGAAGAAGAACCACUUCCUGGUGGUGGGAGUCCCUGCCUCCCCCUACUCGGUGAAGAAGCCACCAUCAGUCACCCCAAUUUUCCUGGAGCCACCCCCAAAGGAGGAGGGUGCCCCAGGAGCUGCAGAGCAGACUUAAGAGCCCCUCCAAGACUGCAGGGCUGGGUACUGUGUACCCCCAGGCAGGCGAGCCCUUCACCCCAUCCUGUAGGAUUUUGUAGGCACUGGCAGGGGCUGGGACAGGUUUGUGUGUAACAUGAGACUUAAUGACUAACUCCAUGGGUUUCCUCACUCCAACCUCCCUGUUCUUGAGUUGGAGGUCUAUUUAUUUACUUCCUUGUUGGCCACGGGCAGGGUGGCAUCCGGGAAUCUUUGGGAUCCCUGGGCAGCCGAUCCGGCUCUGUGUAACCCCCUCCCCUC